AUGCAGGGGAGGCUCUAUGCUCGCCAGUCGGUGAGGCUGCGCUUUGUCCGGACCCUGCAGACAACCACCAUUCGAGCUACCUCCCAAGUUCCUCGCCUGGACUUUCGUGCCAUCGAUGUUAAGUGGCAGCAGAGAUGGGCAAGCCAGCCGAAAGUUGUAGGACAGUCGAGUCCUCCGCGCAAAUCCUACGUCCUACCCAUGUUCGCCUAUCCGUCCGGAUCUCUUCACAUGGGGCAUCUUCGUGUCUACACCAUCUCGGACGUUAUUGCCCGUUAUCGACGAAUGCAAGGUUUCGAUGUGCUUCAUCCGACCGGCUGGGAUGCUUUUGGACUCCCGGCAGAGAAUGCCGCAAUCGAGCGCGGCAUUGAUCCGGCUGUUUGGACGGAAGAUAAUAUCGCAAAGAUGAAACGGCAGCUCAAGAGCAUGAAUACAAGUUUCAACUGGGAUGCUGAAAUAUCAACAUGUUCGCCGUCGUUCUACAAGCACACCCAAGACAUUUUCCUAAGGUUGUAUCACCGUGGAUUGGCAUAUCAAGCGGAAGCGCUGGUCAAUUAUGAUCCCGUCGAUAAAACAGUCCUCGCCAAUGAACAGGUUGACCACAAUGGACGCUCCUGGAGGUCCGGAGCCCCUGUGCAGCAGAUCAAACUACGCCAGUGGUUCUUCAAAAUCACAGAGUUCAAGGAGGACUUGCUACGAGACCUGCAUUAUCUGUCGGACGGAGGAAAGUGGCCUGAAAGAGUUGUAACCCAGCAGCGGAAUUGGAUCGGCCGCUCGACAGGCGCACGUAUUCAGUUUGGCUUAAAGGAUAACGCCGGAAACUCUUCUCACGUCCAUGUCUUCACUACCCGGCCUGAUACGCUGUUUGGGGUAAAAUAUGUUGCGUUGUCAAUGACACACCCUCUGGUGGUCCAGGCUGCCGCAAAGUCGCCUGAACUACAACUGUUUCUUGACAAGCGAGCUUCCUUCCCCCCCGACUCCAAGGAAGGCUUCGAACUGCCACUUGAAGCCUUCAACCCCCUUUCUCAGGUGGGAGACUCGAAUACUGAGCCAUUACCAGUAUUUGCCGCUCCCUAUGUGUUGGAGGACUACGGAGAAGGCGCAGUGAUGGGAGUCCCAGCCCACGACUCUCGCGAUCUGAGCUUCUGGAAAAUUCACAGGCCCUCAGAUCCUGUCCACAUUGCGAUAUCGCCAGAACCUGUGGGUAAUAGCGCUGGGCACAUGUACCUGGCUGAGGUGUCGGAGGCAUACACUGACGAUGGCUGGCUGACUUCUUUAUGUGGCCCUUAUGCGGGUCUUUCAAGCAGUGAGGCCAGAACAAAGAUUAUCUCUGACCUCAAGAAACACUGUCUCGCAGAAGCUGUCGAGUCCUGGAGGCUGCGUGACUGGCUGGUAAGCCGGCAAAGAUAUUGGGGUACACCAAUUCCUAUCAUACAUUGCUCAACCUGCGGACCAGUCCCUGUACCCAGAGAGGAUCUUCCCGUGGUAUUACCUCGACUCGACUCAUCUGUCAAGGGACAAACCGGUAAUCCACUAGACAAGAUUGAGGAAUGGGUCAAUUGCAAAUGUCCAGCCUGUAAAGGCCCGGCCAAGCGAGAAACGGAUACGAUGGAUACAUUCGUCGACUCUUCUUGGUAUUUCAUGCGUUUCGCAGACUCAAUGAACGAGGCGGAGCCCUUCUCACGACGAUCCGCAGCCGAUACGCUCCCCGUGGAUACGUAUGUCGGUGGUGUCGAACAUGCCAUUCUGCAUUUACUUUACGCACGUUUCAUCUACAAAUUUCUGUGCAAGGAAUGUCUUAUUUCCGACGGCAAUGGCCAUGCUGAGCCCUUCCAACAACUUAUAGCACAAGGGAUGGUUCAUGGGAAAACGUUCUCAGAUCCUGACAGCGGCCGGUUCUUGCUGCCUGGUGAGCUCGAUUUUGAUGGUGAAGUUGCCAGUAUCAAGGCAACCGGCAAGGCCCCAAAUGUCACUUGGGAAAAGAUGUCUAAGAGCAAGCAUAAUGGCGUCGACCCGUCCGUCGCGAUCGAAAAGUUUGGAGCGGAUGCUCUACGGGCCCACAUCCUUUUCGCCGCCCCAGUCAGCGAAGUUCUACAAUGGGACGAGGAAAAGAUUGUUGGGAUACAGAGAUGGUUUGGUCGGGUCAAUCGUAUCAUCUCUGAGGUGGAGGUGCAGGAGCGGACAGGUCGACAUGAUGUCUCACAGACCCGCAUUCCUGACUUGAACACCCUGAACACGAAUGACGCCGACGCCCUACUUUUGACGCAAAGCACCAGCAAAAGCAUCUCGCAGACAUUCUCCAGAGACAUUUAUAGCUUGAACACGGCAGUCUCUGACCUCAUCAAGCUGACAAACGGCUUAGAAGCGAUUGGAAUCAACAAUCUGACACCUUCGAUUGCACACGUUACCGUCACCGCGCUUCUGAAGAUGAUGGCGCCGAUCACACCAGCUUUCGCAGAGGAAUGCUGGGAAAGAGUGGUGCCUGACUCGGAACGGAGUAUCUUCGACGUACCGUGGACAGGCGAUGUCAUGACCUCUGAACAGGAGGUUGCAUUGCGAAGCCGCAAAACGAGCAUCACUUGCGCAGUGCAGAUAAAUGGAAAACUACGGUUCACAGCCCAAGUCCCCUCUCCUCCACCGGAAGGCAAGGCUGGAUACGACUCAGCAGCACGAGAGGCGGAGAUCAUCCGUGCUGUCCUUGAAACGGAAGAAGGGCGGGUAUGGUUGACGGAGAAGAACAGUUGGGAGAAAAGGAAAAGAGUAAUUAUUGUUGGCGGAGGGAAAGUGUUGAACGUUGUGUUCUGA